AUGAGCCUCUGUUUCGACGAAGCCUACCAAGCCUUGAAAAGCAACCGAAUCUCAGAAGAGCAGUACCUCCAUGAAGUCCUGGCACAUUUCUGUGGAAUCAGACAUCCGGCAGACGAGAAGGCCACACGGCCGUGGGAGUUACGAAUCAACGAUCCAGUCGGCAAUGCUAUCAGAGAAGCUGCAUUGAGCUCGCCGCAUAGCAGGCCUGAGAGCAUCGAUCAAUUGGAAAAGCUCUUCGCCAGCGCCCUCAAAGACGACGCGGAUGCCGUUCGCACAAUCGUCUCCCAGCUCGGCCACGGUCAACCCUUACCUCUCCAGGCCAUCGCCACCUUCGCUGCCCUCCAUAGCGAUGCCGAAGUCCUCCGUCUGUGUGUCCAGUUGGGCGCCACACUGGAAGACAGGAAUACCUCGAUAGCGCUAGAAUUUGCCGCUCGUGGUCCAGCGCUCCUAGACGUCCUCUACCAAUAUGACUGGCGAGACAUGAAGACAUCAUCGUUAGCGUUCCAUCGCAUGCUCGAAUGGUCAUUACAUACUGGGCCGCAAGAGUUGCAGUGGUUUCUCGAUCACGACGCCGAAGUCGACAGAGAGCUUAUACGACACGCUGUUCAUGGUGCUCCACUCAAGACCGCAUGUGUCGAGCUACUUCUUCAUCGCUACGGUGUGAAGCUUUUCAAGGGCACAAGAUUAUUACAGAAUGCCGCAAAGCGUGGCAACACCGACACCAUUCGACUGCUGCUGGAAGCCGGGUUGGACGCUGACGAGCUUGUGCCGCCUCCCACCCACGACGACGGCGAGUGCGAGUUCACUGCGCUGUACGAAGCUGUCUACAAGCAGCAUGAAGAGGCAGUCAAAUUACUCCUACAACACGGCGCGGACCCUGAAAAGCAGAUCUGUAUCGACGGGUUGAAUACGCCGCUCAAGCUGGCAGAGGGCCAUGGCUUCGCGAGUAUAGCCGCACUGCUACAUCGAAGCGUGGAGAAAGGUAAACCCGGGAGUCGGUCAUGGACGUCGAGACUGUGA